AUGAUGGAGAUUGCAUUGCGUAUCCCGCUGGGUUUUGGAACUGAAGAAGCGAAGCUGCAGCUUUUGCGGGAUCAAUGCCUCUCAUGUCUUGAAGUGCAGCUGCAGCCAUCGCUUGGUAGACGUCGUUUUGCAUACCAAGCAAUCCCGAAGCAUCAAGCCUCGGCUGCAUCCACGGGUUUACUCCCAUACCUUGAAAGUUUAGAGAUUGGAGUCCUCGAUCCCACAUAA